AUGGUGCUACUCAGCAAACUCUCAGAACAAUCCAUUGCUGACAAUUUGAAAAAGCGGUUCCAUGGAAACAGUAUUUUUACCUAUAUCGGACCGGUGCUCAUCUCGGUGAAUCCAUUCAAACAAAUGCCGUAUUUCACUGAAAAGGACAUGGAUCAGUACCAAGGAGCUGCGCAGUACGAGAACCCGCCACACAUCUACGCUUUAGCUGAUAAUAUGUACAGAAAUAUGCUAAUCGAUAACGAGUCUCAAUGUGUCAUCAUUAGUGGUGAAAGUGGUGCCGGUAAGACC